AUGAUCAACGCAUUCCUCGUCUUCAACGGCCAAGGCCAACCACGCCUCACCAAAUUCUACACCCAGCUUGACACAUCAAUCCAACAACGACUCAUCUCCGAAAUCUUCACCCUCGUCGCCAACCGUCCAAAGGGCUCCUGCAACUUCCUUCCCCUCCCGCCCCUCCUCGCCGCCUCCAGCACCUCCACCUCCUCGUCGGAACCACACAACGACGUCCCCUCCCUCGUUACGUACCGUAACUACGCCACCCUCUAUUUCAUCAUCAUUUCGACCUCCACUGAGUCCCCGCUCGCCCUCAUCGAUUUGAUUCAAGUAUACGUCGAAUCGCUGGACAGGUUGUUUGAGAAUGUCUGCGAGCUGGAUCUGAUUUUCAACUUUGAGACGCUGCAUGCGACGCUGGGCGAGAUGAUUGUGGGAGGGGUGGUGAUUGAGACGAAUAUGGAGAAGAUCGUGCAGGGCGUGAGGGCGCAGGGAACGGUGGCGAAGAGGCCGGUUAACGAGAGUAGGGGAGGCGGCAUGGGGCUGGGAAGUGGACUGGGGGCUGGGUUGGGCAUGGGCGGAAAUUUUGUUUGGAGUGGACGAUGAGGUCCUAGGAGGCAGCAAUGCGUUUACAUUGAUGCGCUCCGGGGUCUCUAGGAGGAGGUUACGAACAGGCGGGAAGCUGUCAUACAGCAUCGGCGCUCAUACAGCUUUCGAGCAACCAACACUCAAAAGGCGAUAUGACGCCACAUGAGCGAGAUACUGGCAAGGAGGAGAAACCAUAUAUACCCACACCUCCCCAACUUCUUCAACGCCAAAAACCCACAAAAGGAUAUUAUACAAAGCAUGAUACAAUUGCUUGGUCCAGUCAAUCCCAAGCCUCAGACUUCUCCAACAUUACAUCUGCCGAGGACGGGACCCGCCUUGGACGCUGGC